CCUGGCACGGGCGCGGUGCCGGCGGGGCGCUCCGGGGGAAGCCGAGCUGCCUCCGCGGGUGCCUCAGGCCGGUGAGGGCUGGGGUAGGGCGCGGGUAAGGGGCUCCGGUAACUGCCCUGUUACCUGUGCGCCCGGCGUGCUUUAGCUCAGCUUCUCCUUCACCGUGUCCACGGGCUCAUAAAUCCCCCAAAUCCUCCCCACAGCACGCUGAUUGGAUCGCACAGCUUGCAGCUCUGCCCUGCCGUCUGAAUUCAUCGGCUGUCUUUGCCCUGGUCGCUGCAAGAUGCCAGCAGCCCUUGCAGAGAACAGCCAGGUUAUCUGCGAAGUAUGGGCAAACAAUCUGGAAGAGGAGAUGAGGAAAAUUCGAGAGAUUGUGCUAAGUUACAGCUACAUCGCGAUGGACACAGAGUUCCCGGGGGUUGUUGUAAGGCCGAUUGGUGAAUUCCGCAGCUCCAUCGACUAUCAGUAUCAGCUCCUUCGGUGCAAUGUUGACCUUCUGAAAAUUAUCCAGCUGGGCCUGACUUUCACAAAUGAGAAAGGAGAAUAUCCUUCUGGGAUCAACACCUGGCAGUUUAACUUCAAGUUCAACCUUACGGAAGAUAUGUACUCUCAGGAUUCCAUAGACCUCCUCGCAAGCUCUGGGCUGCAGUUCCAGAAGCACGAAGAAGAAGGGAUCGAUACCCUGCAUUUUGCUGAGUUGCUCAUGACUUCAGGGGUCGUCCUUAGUGACAGUGUGAAAUGGCUGUCGUUUCACAGUGGUUAUGACUUUGGCUACAUGGUGAAGCUGUUGACAGAUUCCAGGCUGCCAGAAGAGGAACACGAGUUUUUCCAUAUCUUGAACCUUUUCUUUCCAUCUAUCUACGAUGUAAAGUACCUAAUGAAGAGCUGCAAAAACCUCAAGGGUGGCCUUCAAGAGGUGGCAGAUCAGCUGGAUUUGCAGCGAAUUGGAAGACAGCACCAGGCAGGAUCAGAUUCUCUUCUCACAGGAAUGGCAUUCUUCAGAAUGAAAGAGUUGUUUUUUGAGGAUACGAUCGAUGAUGCAAAGUAUUGUGGGCGGUUGUAUGGCCUUGGCACCGGAGUGGCUCAGAAACAAAAUGAAGAUGUGGACUCAGCCCAAGAAAAAAUGAGUAUUUUGGCUAUUAUCAACAACAUGCAGCCAUGACAAGUGGGUACCCCUCAGCAGAACAUGGUUACUGUAUUGGCAGCUGCUGUCCUCAACUAUUUUCCCUAAGAGUGUUUCAAAAGGCAUCUAAAGUACACGGUCUGCAGAAGGCCUUCAGUUUUGCUGAAUGAAGAGCUGCAUCUUCAUUUGAAACCCAGGAGAGAGUUGACUGAAUUCCUAAUGCCAGCAUUUGUGAUUUGCCAUCUUUUUAAUACGAAGGGCAAAAGACAGAAACUACUGUGUAUACCUCUUUUUUUCCUCUUUAUACUGUACAGAAUCUGCAAGGAAGACUUAAGAGUAGAAUAUCCAGUAGAGCUAAGGGUCUGGAAAUCCAAUGAAAUCGGACACAGACAUGCACAUGAAUUUGCAAAUUGUGCUUUAGAAAGCUUAUUUUAAAACUUCUGCAUGUUGUGAGGGUCACAGCUUCACCUCAUGGUUUGCUUCUUUUAUCUUUGUAUAGCCUGUGGAAAUUGUUCCCUUUGAUCACUGCGGAGGUUUCGGAAAGGAUGACAUUAAAAAUGAUCCUUGCAGC